ACCAGUUUACAUUUGCUGUGUUGUGGUUUGGGAUUUAGCUGGUUGAGGAAACUCUUUAUUGAAUUUAGCAAAAUUUCUCCGUUAUGCUUUCCACUAAUGGUCUUCAAAGUCACCACAGUACCGAACAUUUGGAUUUUUUUAAUUUUAUUUUGCCCUACUCUUCCUCCGGAUCUCGAUCAAGCGCAAGCAGGAGCAGGAAGAGAGCACCUUGUACGGUUCAUCACAUUAUCGCACGAACGGCGAAAGAUUUCGCACCCCGUGCUAAUUAAGGCGCUUGCGUUUAUAUUUGGCGAGCCAGCCACCCGGAGACCGGAGUCCAGGCGUCCAGCCGCAGACGAGAAAAUCUCGGCGUCGCACGUUGGGAACGUUGCCGAUCUCCGAGUUGGGCAGACAAGAAGCGGGCCAAUUCUGCUCCGCCUUCCACCGUCGCGCCACCCACAAACAGCAACGACAGCCAACAGGUCGCACGCCCCUAGCUUGUCUCCGCCCUUCCUCUCCUCACGUCCCAAAACCGCCUCCCGAAAUCUAGCCAGCGACCGUCCUCUCUCUCUCUCUCUCUCUGCGCCAAGAAAGGCUCCACGUUGACAUUGCGGAUGCUGUAGAGCGCGCGUGCCAGCCAUGCGUCCGUGAUGGCCCGGCCGUUCCUGAAGAUCGAGCACGGCCUCCACAGGUUCUCGUUCAACCGGCGGCGGAGGUCGGCGUCGGACGAUACGGGCAGCUGUCCCAUGGAAGCGCCGGCGGCGGUGCAGCCUUCCGCCAGGCGGGCGCUGUCCAGGAGCUGCGGGUCGAAGGGAAGCCGGUUGUUGGUCGACCUGCCGCCGCCGCUGCCUGGCGGCCCGUCGGACAAGGCGGCAGCUGCAAGCUCGUCAUCGGCGCCGGUCCCGGUGAAGCCAGCUCGGCAUGAGGGUCCGCAUUCAGAUGCCGAGGUGGUGAGGGAGAAGUUCUCCAAGCUGCUGCUGGGGGAGGACAUGUCCGGCACCGGCAAAGGGGUGUCCUCUGCUCUGGCUCUGUCCAACGCCAUUACCAAUCUUGCAGCUUCUGUGUUUGGGGAGCAGCGCCGCCUGCAGCCGAUGGCCGCCGAGCAAAAAGCGCGGUGGAAAAAAGAGAUCGACUGGCUUUUGUCGGUAGCCGAUUACAUUGUUGAAUUUGUUCCUUCGCAACAAGUGUCCGAGAACGGGACCUGCAUGGAGAUAAUGGUAACCCAGCAGCGUCAAGAUCUGCAGAUGAACAUCCCUGCGUUGCGGAAGCUUGAUGCAAUGCUCCUUGAAUAUCUUGAUAGUUUCAAAGACAAGCAGGAGUUUUGGUAUGUAUCAAAAGAUGCAGAUGACUCGGAGAAGGGCAACACGCCGAGGCAGGAUGACAAAUGGUGGCUCCCAACUGUUAGGGUCCCUCCUAAUGGUCUGUCAGAUACAUACAGGAAAUGGCUUCAAAACCAGAAGGACCUCGUUGCUCAAGUCCUGAAGGCAGCAAUGGCCAUCAAUGCUAAUGUUCUUAUGGAAAUGGAGGUCCCAGAAGCGUACAUGGAGUCCCUGCCUAAGAAUGGGAAGUCCAGCCUUGGAGAUUCAAUGUACAAAAUUAUAACUGACGAUUAUUUUGAUCCAGAAGAACUUCUGAGUUCUGUAGACUUGUCUGAGGAGCACAACAUUGUUGAUCUGAAGAACCGAAUUGAAGCGUCGGUAGUCAUUUGGCAGAAGAAAAUGACUAAGGACAGCAAAUUGUCAUGGGGGCAUGGAAUCAGUCACGAGAAGCGGGGAAUGUUUGAAGGGAGAGCAGAGAAUGUCCUUCUCCUUAUUAAGCACAGAUUUCCUGGCAUUGCCCAGUCAGCUCUAGACAUAAGCAAAAUCCAAUACAACAGGGAUGUUGGCCUUGCCAUUUUGGAGAGUUACUCCAGGACUCUUGAGAGUCUAGCUUUCACAGUUAUGUCUCGAAUUGAAGAUGUUCUUAACGCCGACUCCGCCACUCAAGAUCCCAAGAAUGCAGAAUCGAUGAGAAUCCCCAGUUUAUUGACAUAUGACACAGAUAAAGUUGUUUCAGAUGCUAAGGCCGAGGUAGAGAAGUUGAGAAGAAUGGAACCAGUUUCGGCGACACUAUUUGACUUUGUGGGCCCACGGGACCAAGAUCUCAACACAUAUGGCAAGGAGGAUGCUAACGGUCCAAAGCUGACAAAGGUCUCGUCAAUUGCAACUCGGAGGUUUUCUUACCUAGAGAAGCUUGAGCAUUUGGGUGGAACAAGAAGCCCAAUAUCUAGACACUAGCUGCAACGAGGACAGACGGAUCAUGCUGCCACAUAGCCUUCGGAAGAAACUUUGUACAUAGCACAUAUGUUCAAAGCAUUAUGACAUUCAGAAUUCAGGCUGCACCAAUGUGACGUUCUGCAAACUAACUCAGAUCUACCUUCAUUCCUAAGGGAAGUUUGGUGCAUAUACGGCCAUGUCAAUCUGUUGGGUUUUGGCCUGUUUACAUAACUAAUCAUAAGAUCUCAACUGAUGAACUGACCCCUCAAUAAUGGGCCUGUCAGAUUUGUACUUGUACUGUUUCGAAAAAGGAAAAAG